AUGUUCUGGACAGAGGAACAUGAUGUCAUUUUAGUCAGAGAAAUGCUAGCGAACAGCCCCUUUGCUGGCACAAAACGUGGGACAGUUCAAAGAGGUCGGAAGUGGAACGAAAUCUCUGAGCGCCUUUUGCAAGUAGAAGCCCCCAAAUUUAAGGUUGACCAGAGAGGUGUUAGAGAAAGGUAUGGUCUACUUGCCAAAGCAUACAGGAGGAAAAUUAGAGAGGAGGAAAGAGCAAGUGGGAUUAGCACCCCAGAAUUGACAGAGGUAGAGCAAGCCCUGGAAGACCUCAUUGUGAGAGAAGAUGAGGCUGAUCGAGACCAACAGGAGACAGCAGCACAAAAGAGGAAGGUAAAGGAAGAUAAGAAAGAUGCUGAGGAAGUGAGAAAGAGGGCAAUGGAGAGGCUGGGAGACAGAAUGAAAAGAAGUGAGAUUGAAGGAAAGGGGAAGAAAAGAAGAUCAAGUGGAAACAACACCCUGGAGUAUCUAAAGGAGAGGAAUGAAAUGUUGGAUGAAUUUAAAAAAGAGGAGCUGGAGCUGAAAAAGCAGGAGUUGCAGCAAGAAGCCAAGAAGAAUGAAGCUAUGAUGAAGUUGAUGAGCCAGCAGCUGGCACAGCAACAGAAGCAAAUUGAUGGAUUCCAGACCAUGAUGAUAACCAUGUUUUCUAAAUUUUUGGAGAAGUGA